AUGGAACCAGUAGGACUGGCCAUAGGCGUUGUCGGCCUCGCAGGCCUCUUCAGCACAUGCCUGCACGCUUUACAAAGACUCGACUCAUACAAGACAGUCGGUCGCGACUCACGGCAGCUCGACGCCCAGCUCAGUGCAACAAUUCAUUUGUUCGAGCGCUGGGGCGAGGGAGUUGGUAUCAGUCAGGGGAAGCUGUCCAAGGCCCAUCACCCAGACCUUGACGAUCCGCGCACCUUUCUGGUUAUUCAGCGUCUCCUUGGCAGUAUCAAUGAGUUUCUGCAAACGUCUAACAAUGUUGACCACAGGAGUCUCGACUUUUCGAUACGCGAUCCAGGCCCGGAGAAGGUCUCGCGAUGGGAAAAGACUGCUUGGGCGUUGCGUGGAAAGUUGAAGCAGACCAAUCAAGUCCAAGCGCUGGCGACUCUUGUUGCAGACCUCUACAACGUGGUUCCCCCGACGAACGUCCCAUCUGAUGAACAGAACGAGCCCCCUAUCGAUGAAACCUACGCCAAUGAGAUGCGCGAGAUACUGAGCAAGAUUGAGGAACAGUUGAAAACUGAGGAGAUACGUGACCUACGAACAUGGCUCGGCAGCCCUCCACCAAACGAUGUGUACGAUGAUGCAAAGGAUAAACGUCUCGAAAAGACCUGCGAAUGGAUCCUGGAACGCGAAGAGUUCUUAGAAUGGCAUGAACCGUCAAGUUCGAGCAAGCUACUCUGGAUUAGAGGUCCAGCAGGCUUCGGAAAAACUAUCCUCUGCGGCAGGAUAGUUCAAGAAGUCGAAAAUACCUCUCCAGGGCCUGCGGCAUCCUUCUUCCUGUCUUCCAAGUUUGAGGGACGCGACGAGCCUUUUUCAAUUAUACGAUCGUGGUUGACGACACUGAUGAUGCGAAGCAAGGAUGCUUAUGACAUUGUGAGGGCGAGCCGUAUCUCCCAGCAUGAGCAGAAAGCCACCCAAGCACAAAUUCUUGCAUUAUUUGGGAGCCUGCUGAUGCAAGUUUCAGACUGUACUCUUGUUCUUGAUGGUUUAGACGAAUGCACAAGCGUGCCAGGCGCCGACGUGGAAUCUAUCCCGCGUUUUCUGGAUGCGCUGAGGAAGGCUGUCUCAAAGACAAACACGAGGCUUCUCAUUACAAGUCGCGGAAAUCGUGUCAUUCAGCAGGGCCUCUGCCUCUUCCCUGGUUACAGCGAGUACGAUAUCACCACCGAAGACGUGGCGACUGACCUGAUGGCCUAUUCCUCCCAGAUCGUCAGUACAAGACUAUCGAACAAGGACGAAUCGACGAGGCUUUUCAUAGCCAACAAGAUGAAAGACCGUUGUGAGGGCCAGUUCCAAUGGAUCAAGCUUCAGGAAAGAUCUUUACGCAAGGGAAGAAAUAGAAAACAACUGGAGAGGGAAAUUGACAACACGCCGUCUGGACUUGAUAGUCUGUAUGAUCGCGAGUGGAUGAGGAUUGAGUCCAUGGAGGCCGCAGACAAGGAGCGGGCUCUGUGUUUGUUACGAUGGAUCGUGUUCGCGACCAAGCCCUUGAACGUGCUUGAGAUUAGUGAGGCGGUUCUCAUUACGGAUGAGUGCGAGGAGCUACCAGCUGACGAGAUGCCGGACGAGUUUGAUGACGAUUAUGUUGAAAGCAUGAUUUUGAACCUUUGUGGCUCAUUACUCGAAACGCGGCAUCCUUCCAAGAAUGAGGUCCAAACCAUCGGAGCAAUACACGACGAUUACAUGCGAGACGAGAGACAGGCUGCUAUCGAUAAAGAUUCUGUGGGAUUCCAGGAAAUUCAUCUGACUCACUUUUCUGUCAAAGAGUACCUUCUUUCAACCAAUCUCUUUCCCCUCCCCUCGCCUGUAUCCAACGAAAACCUCCGCGUUUCAAACGAACAUCUGGGGAACACAUGUCUUGCAAAGUCUUGUUUACGAUACAUGAGCUUUCCAGGCGCUUGGGAGAACUGGCAAGAGGAUAGACCGGCAACACGCCUACUAUUAUAUGCCGCUGAGUCGUGGCCAAUACACUACAAACGCGCCCAAGCAGCCGAUGCUGAUUUGCAAAGUGCCAUAAUCAAUCUUUUUGAGGGCCGAACAAGGAAUUUUGAGGCGUGGAGAGACUGGCAUGGCUUGAAGCUUUUCGAUCUCCCCGAUAGAAGGGCUAGGAAAGUGCAUCCGUUCCACAUUGCCAUAAGUCUUGGAUUGGAAGACGUUGUGGAGGUUCUGAUACGCAAGAGCAAACAAACUAUCGAUAUACGCUGCAACUCGAAUGCAGCAGCUUUGCACUUUCUUUGCUUCUCUCAGAACAAAUCACUCGCUGAGCUUCUCAUCAAUAACGGCGCUGAACUUGAUCCUGUGGUAGGCGGUAGGGUAACGCCUCUUUCUCUGGCUUUGGCAUGGGGGAAUAUAGAGAUCGCUGCAGUUCUCCUCGCCCGAGGGGCGAGCGUUACCUUGGCUGAUGAUUCCGGACAGACGCCGCUUCAUAUCGUCGCAGAGCAAGGGAACGUCGAUUUAGCCCGUCAAAUCCUUGAUAGAGGGGCUAGUCUCUGUGCUAAGGCGAGGGACGGAUACACGCCGCUCUUGUACGCCGCCAGGGAAGGUCACUAUGAUGUCGCGAAGCUUUUCUUGGAAAGAGGCGCCAACUAUCUGGAUUCUAUUGAUGGUCACACGACAGUUGGCUUAGCUGCGUGGUACAACCACAUUAGCGUUGUUCGAGUGCUUCUCGACCAGGGAGCGGAUAUAGAAGGCACAAGUCAAGGACCGUCCUUACUCAGUAUUGCCGCUUCCAGAGGACACAUUGAGUUAGCGGAUUUGUUUCUUGACCGAGGGGCUGUUGUUGAUGGGUUGUGCUUUGGGACAACUGGACAUACACCGCUGUACCUGGCGUUCUCCGGGGGAAACUACGCCAUUGCCGAAACCCUCAUGAGGAGAGGCGCUGACAUCACUGUGCUUUCAAAAGGUCUUAAAAUCCCGCUUUACCAAGCUGCGGUCGAUGGCCGGCGCGAUGUAGUCGCGCUUUUGCUACAAGAAGAUGCUGAUGGAGGAAAAGACGCUUUUGCAGCACUCAAGAUUGCCAUGAUCAACAAUCAGCUUGGGGCCGUCGAAACACUCUUCAAAGCAGUUCGAUUUGAUAAAACAACAACUCUCCACAUUGCUGCUAGGAAAGGAAGGUUGCGAGUAAUCGAGGUACUUCUCAACGCUGGUGCAGAUCCAAUGGCCAAGGAUUCAACCGGCCGAAUCGCACUUUCUUACGCUGCAGAAUAUGGACAAGCUUCUACGGUAGAUCUUCUUUCUGGGAACGACUAUUCCUUGACGUGUAUCGAUACUUGCCACCGCAUGCCCAUCCACUACGCGUGCGCAGGGGGGCAUCUGGAUGUAGUCAGCUUGAUACUAUCCCGACUGCUAGAGACCGAGUCGACGAUAGACGCUCGCGACCGCUGGGGCUCGACACCCCUAUCUAUAGCCGCGAGACAAGGCCAUGUCGAAAUCGUCAAGCUAUUACUUGCCACAGAGCUCGUUGACAAGAACUCCAGCGAUGAUCUGGGACGGACUGUCGAGUGGUGGGCGAGGCAGCGAGGGCAUUCCGAGAUCUUGACUUUAAUCACAGGAAUGGAAAAUGGGCAGGCUCACGAGAAACAGAAGGACGAGAGCUUGAACCAGAGUGCAACCCUUACAACCAGGCUUCCAAACUCUUGGCGUACUUCCCUCUCUUUGUACAUACCCGAUUUCCGUCUUGUUCUCCCUCCCAUUUGGUAUUCAUUACCAGCCACGAUGCACAAUCAUGACAAAAAGACUCCGUCAACGGAGUGGAGCGAGUUAUUUUCCAGUAACCCCUCUUACGAGCCGACAUCAUAUAAAGCCCUCGACAAUCUCACGUCAAACGACAAACUAGCCUUUCUACAUCAUGAGUUCUGGCACGAGAUCCGAGAAUGGACCCGGAACGAUACGACUGAAAUGACGCGUAUCGUUCAUCCUGAUUUAACGGGAUCCGGAGGCAUCUUCAUCGGGGGCAUGAACCAUGCACUCAACGAGACGAUUCUCGAAGAGAAUAAUAUCCAAGCGGUCAUUUCAAUCCAUCCCAAGGACUCACUGGCAUGGGAUAAGAACGAUACGACGUCUGGGCUGCAAAGAUUCUUCACAAGCAACAACGUCGUCAAGUACCCGCUCAUAAUCCCGCUCGAAGAUAGCGCCAACUCUGACUUGAUCAGUUGCUUCGACGAAACCAACGCAUUCAUCAAGAAGCAUACUAAGGAGGGGAGGAAUAUCCUGAUUCAUUGUAAAUCGGGUCGCUCACGAUCCGUCGCCGUACUCAUCGCCUAUCUGCAACAAAAGUUCUACACGGAGAAAGCCAUUGCUUCCUUGGAGAAGGAGGAGGCUCAGGAACAAAUGAGGCUGCACAGAGAAGAUGUGACAGAGGCGAUACGCAAGCAGCGCCUUCCUGUCGUCAUUAUAAUGGAACGCUUUGCUGAGCUAUUGGAGCUGUACGACCUUCAACUCAUCGGGGCUCUACCUGCAUUUGAGCCAGCGAAGAGCGUGACUCACCAAUCUACUGCCAUUGAGUCAAGUAAAAAGCCGGAGCCCGCAGCGAAUCAGGUGAACCAAGGGAGCAAGAUCGUGCAGACAAAGGGCGGAGCGGCAGUGCUCAAGAUAUGCGUUGCUGCGGUGUUCUUUAAAAACAAUCAGAAGCCCACGGAAGCCGUAGUGCACCAAUUCUUCGAAAUCAAUGAGGCUUACUUCUAUGAAUUGGAAGGUCUAGAAUACAAGGGCAGGUCAACGCAGAAUUGGUCAGCACUCUGCAAGGUAGCAGCAAGGCUUAGGGAUGUACCAAUGGAGCAGCUGGAAACCAUUCAACCACUCACUCGAAAACUACGUGAAGCACGAAUAGAAGCUAUCGCUAAUGAUGCAGCAAUGAGAGAGGUCGACGCAGGUUGGACCAUACGCAUCGCGGUGCGCAGCUUUGCUCGGAACGAUGCAGCAGGUGCUGGUGUAGCAAUUCAGAUAUCGCGUCUGGGCUUUGAACAUAUUCUUGAGAUUGGCGGGGCAGCCAGUAUUGCGCAGUCACUCAAGGGCAUCAAGCUCGGGGGCGCCAUUACUAUUAUUGGGGUUCUGACAUCGUCGGACAAGCAACCUGCGUUGAUGGAAGCUCUCAAUCAUCUUUGCAUUGUCCAUGGUAUUCUUAUCGGAUCUAAAGUGCAGUUCGAGGAGAUGAACCGUGCUAUUGAUUUGACAAAAUGA